AUGCCAUCUUGGCUCACUACGAACACUACGGCAGCUAACCAGUCUGACUGCCCCGAGGUGAAGGUCCCCGCCGCUCUCUUCUUCACCAUCGGUGUGGUGAGCCUGGUGGAGAACCUGCUGGUUGUGGUGGCCAUCCUGUGUAACAGGAAGCUCCACUCACCCAUGUACUGCUUCAUGUGCAGCCUGGCAGCCUUUAACACCAUUGCAAGCCUCUCUAAAACCUGGGAGAACCUGAUGAUUGAGUUCGCCAACAUGGGACAGCUGGAGAAGACCGGUUCCUCUGAGAUGAAGCUGGACGAUGUGGUGGACUCCCUGCUCUGCAUGUCAUUUGUGGGCUCCAUAUUCAGUUUCCUGGCUAUUGCUGUUGAUCGUUACAUCACCAUCUUCCAUGCUCUCCGAUAUCACAACAUUAUGACUAUGCGGCGGACCAAGGCCGUCCUGGCUGUCAUCUGGAUAACGUGUGGGGUGUUGGCCGUGUUCAUGGUGAGGUUCUUCGACUCCAAAGUCAUCAAGAUCUGCUUCGUUGUCUUCUUUGUUGUUUCCUUGGCAACCACCUACUCCCUCUACUUCUACAUGUUCAUGCUGGCACGCAUCCACGCCAGGAAGAUCGCCGCUCUACCCGCCAGCAGCGGGCGGAAACGUCGGCAUGAGCAGUGGCGGGGCAGCAGCAUGAGAGCCGCGCUGACUCUCACCAUCCUGUUCGGGGUGUUCGUGGUGUGUUGGGCGCCAUUUUUCUUCCACCUCAUUUUGAUCACAGUGUGCCCCAUGAACCCGUACUGUGAGUGCUACAGGUCGUUGUUCCAGCUACAUGUCGUCCUGCUGACCAGCCACGCCCUCAUCGACCCCGCCAUCUACGCGUUCCGCAGUGCCGAGCUCAGACACACCUUCAGGAAGAUGCUGCUUUGUUCAGACUGGGACUACUCAUAG